CAAGCAACGCCUCUAUCACCCACCACCAACACCAGCACCGCGCAGCGCACACUAGCUACAAUGCAAGCAAAGAAGUACGACCCUUCUGUCAACCCCCUCUUCUCCCCCAUCAUGGGCACAGUUCCUCUUCCGGGCGAGCCAACCGCGACGCCGCAGAUGACGGCCACGAACUUGCCUCCUCAACCUCAGGGCCUUGGUCUCUAUACCUACCCGGUCACCUCCCCGUCGCCCGCGCCUUCCAACGCAUCAUUUUCGUCCUCGUCGUCGGGCCACUCUAAUCACUCUCAUCACUCCCACCACUCUCACCGAUCCUACAUGUCAGACGGCCGCGGGCACGCCCAUGGGUACGGGGGAAACCCUAAUAUGACCCUCUCACCACUGGCAACCCCGCACGUCAAUAUCAUCAACACGCCCCCGGCCUUGGCCUCCUACUACUCCCCCGCCUCAGUUCCUCAUCACACUCAUGCGCACCCUCAGCAUCGUCCGACCCACGCACAUACCCACUCCAAGACAUAUCCCGCCCACGCUCCCCUCCCUCAUACCGCGUACGCCGACUACGUUUAUCCCCGCCCGCGCACAUAGGGCCAGUCGGCUUGGUCGACGACCAUAUCGCAGGAUGCACACAACCCGGAAAUGGUACACUCAACGGCAGUGACCGCACCACACCAAAGUCGUACUCAACGCGCUCGGGCCCUCCUGGGCGUUGGGGACGGAGGAUAUUAGGAGGAUAAAUCAGACGGACUCGCGGGUUGUCGGGGGCGCGCAGUCGCUCUCGAUAUCUCUGUAUACCCAUGCCCAUGCAAACUCCGCUCCGGGUCAAACGGGGAGGAGAGCGUAAUACGUCUCGGGAGACGCACGGAUGUCGAUCACCCUAUCCCCCUCCACUCCAUUCGACUCUAUGCAUUCAUCUGUUCAAGACUCUUUCUUUCCUCAAGUACGCUGCACCAGAGGACUAGCAGUCGGACAGUAGCUACUUUAGGACAACGGGAGGGCGAAAUGUACGUUACGACACUGGACGGCGACGAUGUUGACG